GAGGACUAUGCCAAGGCAGAGGCGGACGCGUCUAAAGCCAUCGAGGCCGACGGCCGCGACGUGAAGGCGCUGUUCCGCCGCAGCCAGGCGCUGCAGAAGCUGGGCCGCCUGGACCAGGCUGUCAGUGACUUGCAGAGGUGCGUGAGCCUGGAGCCCAGGAACAAGGCCUUCCAGGAGGCCCUGCGCGCCCUGGGCAGCAGCGUGCACGAGAAGAUGAAGACCAUGUCCUGCACGGACUCCAAGGUGGACCAGAUGUUUCAGAUCUUGCUGGAUCCGGAAGAAAAAGAUGCGGACAAGCAGCAGAAGGCUGCGCAGAACCUCAUUGUGCUGGCACGGGAGGAGGCCGGAGCAGAGAAAAUCUUCCAGAGCGAUGGUGUGCGGCUGCUCACGCAGCUCCUGGACACGGCCAAGGCGGACAUGAUGCUGGCAGCCCUGCGCACGCUGGUGGGGUUGUGCUCCGGGCACCGCUCACGGACCACGGCCAUCCUGGCAGAGCUGGGUGCCCCCCGUCUCUCGGCAGUGCUGGGUGUGGAGCACGAGCAGGUCUCCCUGGCCGCCUGCAACCUGCUGCAGGUGAUGUUCGAUUCCCUGAAGGAAGGGAUGCAGAAGGACUUCCGAGGAAAGGAGGACGCGGUGGUGCUGGAUUCCUCCAAGGAUCUGAAGCUGCUGCUCAAGGACCUCCUGGAGCUGCUAGCCCUGGAAGGGGCCUCUGCGCAUGGACGGGAUAACGCCCUCAACCUGCUCAUCAAGGUGGUGCCCAGGAAGUCACCAAAGGAGACCAACAACAGCCUGAGCCUCUGGGUGAUCGACCAGGGCCUGAAGAAGAUCCUGGAGGUUGGAAGCACGGUGUGUGGGGCUCAGGACAGCCUGCCCGUGACAGAGAACAGCCGGAUGAGCGCCUCGGUGCUGCUGAGCAAGCUCUACAGCGACCUGAAAUGCGACGCCGAGAGGGAGAACUUCCACCACUUGUGCGAGGACUACGUGAAGAGCUGGUUCACAGGGCACGAGCUGGCUGGAAAGCUGCGGGCCAUCCAGGCAGUGUCGUGCCUGCUGCAGGGUCCCUCGGAGGCCGGGAACAGGGUGCUGGAGCUGGAGGGGAUCAUGGACUGCGUGCUGUCCCUCUGCGCCUCCGUGUGCGAGGCGCACCAGCUGGUAGCGGUGGAGGCGCUGAUCCACGCCGCCGACAAGGCCAAGCGAGCCUCCUUCAUCACGGCCAACGGGGUCAGCCUGCUCAAGGAGAUCUACAAGCACAGCGAGAGGGACAGCAUCCGCAUCCGGGCGCUCGUGGGUCUCUGCAAGCUGGGGUCUGCUGGAGGCACCGACUUCAGCAUGAAGCAGUUUGCCGAGGGCUCCACCAUGAAGCUGGCCAAGCAGUGCCGCAAGUGGCUGUGUAACGAGACCAUCGACGCGGGCACGCGGCGCUGGGCUGUGGAGGGCCUGGCCUACCUCACUUUCGAUGCGGAUGUCAAGGAGGAGUUUGUAGAGGACAAGGCAGCGAUGCAGGCCAUGUUCCAGCUGGCCAAGUCGGAGGACAGGAGCGUGCUCUAUGCGGUAGCCUCCACGCUAGUGAACUGCACCAACAGCUACGACUACGAGGAGCCAGACCCCCAGAUGCUGGAGCUGGCCAAGUACGCCAAGCAGCACAUCCCCGAGCAGCACCCCAAGGACAAGCCGGACUUCGUGAAGCGGCGGGCUCUCAUCCUGCUGUCCCUGGAGGGCACGGAAGUGGGGCAGACCAAGGCUGCCCAGGCGCUGGCCAAGAUCACCAUCACCUCCAACCCCGAGAUGGCCUUUCCGGGCGAGCGGAUCUACGAGGUGGUCCGGCCCCUUGUGAGCCUUCUGCACCUUCAGCGCACCGGCCUGGAGAACUUUGAGGGUCUGAUGGCCUUAACCAACCUGGCCGGCAUCAGCGAGCAGGGGCAGGGGCAGCUGCAGCGCGGGGCUGGGGACAAGGAGCCACCAUCCCCUCUGGCCUGGGGGCAGAAAAUCCUGAAGGAGAAGGCUGUGCCCAUGAUCGAGGGCUACAUGUUUGAGGAGCACGAGCUGAUCC